UUUUCUCAUUUUGCAACAAUUCACAUUUUCAGCUCAUCUUUCUUUCGUUUUCUCUAGCCGUCUCAUUUUGCCAUUAACCAUUGUCUCACUUUUCCCAAUUCUGAACCAAAAACCCAGACUUUCACUUUGAUUCUCCACCAUUAGUCCAUUAAAAUAUGGAAUCCAUUGUUAGCGGUGCUGCUAAUAAAGUUGUGGAAUACACGUUUGGUGUCAUCAAACGUGGGUUUUGUUACAUAAUAUAUGUUGACAGCAAUGUCCAGAAUCUCAAGAUGCAAGUUCAAAAACUGAUUGAUGCCCGAGCAAGUGUGCAGCAAGAUGUUUAUAAGGCCCAAAGGAAUGCGGAAGAGAUUUUUCAUCAUGUUAAUAGGUGGUUGACUGAGGUCAAUGAGAAGAUCGCUGAGCAGGCUGCGACACAAUCGAAGGAGGAUGAAGAGAAAGCCACGAAAAAGUGUUUCGUUGGGUUGUUUCCUAAUUUAAAGUCUCGUUACCAGCUUAGCAAGAAAGCAGAGGAAGAGGCGCAGGCUAUUAUUCAACUCCUGGGAGAAGGCAAAUUCGAAAAAGUUUCGUAUUCUGUUGCUCCAGAGGGGAUAGUAAUCAAAGGUUACAAGGCCUUCGAAUCAAGAACAAGUGCCAUGGAGGGGAUUAUGGAGGCCUUAAGGGAAUCAAGUGUCCGAAUAGUUGGAGUACACGGGAUGGCUGGUGUAGGCAAGACCACCCUUGCAAAAGAAGUUGCAAGUAAAGUCAGGGAAGAACACUUAUUUGACGAAGUGGCGAUGGCAAUGGUUUCACACAAUCCAGUCAUAAGACAAAUUCAAGGAGAGAUUGCUGACAUGUUGGGGCUCAAAUUUGAUGUUGAGACUGAUAGUGGAAGAGCAAUGCAGUUACGGCAGCGAUUGAAGAAUGGCAAGAGGAUCCUCAUAAUUUUAGAUGACCUCUGGCAGAAACUCGAUCUUGAAGCUGUCGGGAUCUCAUUUGAUAAUGAGGCCGCUCAAAAAUCUUCUACUGCUGGAUGCAAAAUAUUGCUGACUUCCAGAGGCCUCGAUGUGCUCCGCCUUAUGGAUGCUGAGAGGAGUUUCGAAGUCAAAAUCUUAUCUCAAGAAGAAUCAAUGAUUCUGUUUGCAAAAAUAGUUGGUGACGCGGUUGGAAAAUCUGAUGAUUAUCAACGUGUAGCGGAUGAAUUGGUGAAAAAAUGCGCAGGGCUACCAGUUGCUAUUUUAGCAAUUGCAAAUACAUUGAAAACAAGGGAUCUCUAUUUUUGGGAGGAUGCCUUGCGGCAGCUGCAAAGAUCAAUUCCAUCAAACAUAAAAGGGCUGCAAGACAAUGUAUAUUCCACUAUAGAGUUGAGUUACAGAUGGUUGAGCAAUGAGGAAGAGCAAUCUGUGUUCCUGCUUUGCGGCCUGCAUCCUCAAGGUUUUGAUAUUCUUGUCUCUGAUUUGCUACAGUAUAGUAUUGGUUUGGAUUUGUUGGAAGGCAUCAACACUGUGGAAGAAGCAAGGAAAAGAAUUGAUGUACUGGUUCAUGAGCUCAAAGCUUCUAGCUUGCUACUGGAGGGAAAAGGUUACAAAUGGGUGAAGAUGCAUGAUCUCAUUCGCGAUGUUUCCCUUUCAAUCGCCUCUAAAGAUAAGCGGAUGUUGGUCAUAGAGGACGAAAGUCGUAUGAAAGAACUAUUGAAGAAGGGAAAACUCAAUGACUGCACUGCUAUCUCAUUGCCAUACAGUAAUAUUCAUGAGCUUUCUGGUGUGGAAUGCUCGAAACUGGAGCUACUCAUGUUGCUGAAUGAAGAUUCUUCUUUCCAAAUCUCAGACACCUUUUUUGAAGGCAUGAAUGAGCUGAAGGUGCUAAAUGUGACUGGAAUCUAAAGAAGUUAGAUAUCCUUAGCUUUCAG